AAAAAUGUUGGCCCUUGUCGUUUUUCUGAUUGCCAGUUGUUUGACCAUUCAAACGGCAGCCACUACGACACCAAGUCCAGCGGUCACCGAAGCUGGUCACCCAUCUCCUGGAGGUUCGCAAGGUCAAGAGGAGCCAGGAAACAGCUCCUCAACGGAACUACCGGACUACUGCGAUCCCUCCUUGUGCCACAAAGAACUCAAACAUGUGGCUUGCAACGCAUCAAUCGAACUGCACGACAAGUGCUCUCUGGACGCUGAGCUCAUAGUGAUAAGCCCAAAGGUGGAAAGAUUCCUAUUAAGGCGAUUUAAUGAGUUGAGGGAUAGCGUGGCCAAAGGAGGGUUCAACGGACUGAGUCCUGCCAGUCGGAUGGGCACCUUGAAGUGGAACCCGGAACUGGCCUACCUAGCUGAAUUCAAUGUGAGGGAUUGUGUCCUGAGGCACGACGAGUGCCGGAACACGAAGUUCACGCAAAACGCUGGCCAGACGGUUGGGUAUCGAGGCAUUAAAGGAAAAUUGCCAGAGUUGGAGGAUAUCCUUAGGGAUAUCAUAGGGGUGUGGUUGCGGGAAAAAUCCAGAACUUCGAUGGUGAACAUCAUGAAGUAUGUCGAGCAGGAAUCUCAGUCGCCGAAGUACAACUUUUUACAGAUCGUGCUGGAGAACGCUGAAUCCGUGGGCUGUGCCAUCGUUCAGCAGUCCCGGCAUGGCUGGAUUCAGACGUUUUUCGCGUGCAACUAUGGCCACGCCCCGGUUGUGGGCUCGCCCGUCUACGAGCCCGGGAAAAAGGCGGCGGAGUCCUGCAAGACCGGAGCGAACCCGAAAUAUGCACAUCUCUGCGCCGAGUCCGAGGUCUACGAGAAGGUUACGCCGAAAGCAGGAAACGCGUCCAGUCCCGAAAUUAAAACUAGAACUCUUGGAAAACGGGACUUCGUCAUGCUCAACGGCGAAAACGCUGAUGGAACGCCGCCAGCUGAAGGUGGGGCACCAGCACCAGCAGCCGAUGGAGCAGCAGCAGCGCCUGCCGCCGAAGGAGGAGCAGCUGCACCUGGAGAAGCUGCAGCCACUCCAGCAGUCGACGGAGCAGCGCCAGGAGCCACUCCAGGAGUCACCCCGGUGGAGGGAGAAGGCUCCACUCCUGCACCAACAGCUGGAGGGACACCCGCUUCCGAAUCGCCAGGAGGGGAAGAAGCUCAUGCCGAAGGGCUACUGGAACCCAUGCCAAAGCCUCUGGACAGGGCUGCGCUGGAGAAGAAGUUCGCCCGCUUCCUGGCGCUGAUAAAGCGGGCUGAGAUGUUCCAUGGUCGCCGGAAGAUCGUGGUCAUAUCCAGCAAUCACGAGGUGGAUGAUGACCGCGUGCAACAGGAAGGCGCAGAAGGCGACGCAACUAUUAGAACCAUGGAAAGGGCUUUCUCCAGACGCAGAGCAAUAAUGAGACGCUCGAUAGGUAGCCACAUGCGCAGUCGUAAGCCAAGUGGCUUUUGGGCUCCGCAAUGGAUAGCUAUGCCUUGAAGCUUACCUAACUGAAUAACAAUUGCUUUAAAGUGAAAUGUUUUAAAUUAAACAUAAUAAAUAAUCGUCAUGUUAAAUUU